UGUAAAGCGUGUGUGUGUGCGCGUGCCACGGCUGUAAAGAUGGCGGCCUGUGCGUUACGCCGAGGCUUGCUGAGCACCGUCAGUAAAUACAACAAGAAGCACGCACACAGAAUACUGAGUGUGGUCGACAGCAGCAGCGGGUUUGACGGGUUCAGACCGCGGGUUCAAUGCCGGGCAUGCGGCCUGUCCGGCGGGGUCCAGCAGAGGAGGUUCAUGUCGUCACGGAACAGGCCCGAAGGGAAGAUUUUGGAGACAGUGGGAGUGUUUGAGGCGGUGAAGCAGCAUGGCAAAUAUGAAACGGGACAGCUGUUCCUCCACAGUGUGUUUGGCUACAGAGGCAUCGUCUUGUUUCCCUGGCACGCCCGACUCUAUGACAGAGACAUCACCCCUCCCAUGUCUGACAGCAAACCUGAACCUCCAGGAGCUCACGGCUCGAAGGAGGUGAAGGGGAAGACUCACACCUACUACCAGGUCCUGAUUGACACCAGGGACUGCCCUCACAUAUCUCAGAGGUCUCAGACAGAGGCAGUGACGUUUCUGGCCAACCAUGAUGACAGCAGAGCUCUGUACGCUAUCCCAGGUCUGGAUUAUGUGAGCCAUGAGGACAUCCUGCCCUAUAACUCCACAGAGCAGAUCCCCAUCCAGCACGAGCUCUUUGAGCGUUUCCUCAUGUACAACCCUGCCAAAUCUCCUCCGUUCACAGCCAGAGACACCCUGAAGGCGUGGCAGGAGAAGAACCACCCCUGGCUGGAGCUCUCAGACGUGCACAGGGAGACCACAGAGAACAUCCGAGUCACCGUCAUCCCCUUCUACAUGGGCAUGAGGGAGGCCCAGAACUCCCAUGUUUACUGGUGGCGGUACUGUAUCCGCCUGGAGAACAUGGGCAACGAGGUGGUGCAGCUGAGAGAGAGGCACUGGAGGAUCUUCAGCCUGUCAGGAACCCUGGAGACGGUCCGUGGACGAGGAGUUGUAGGCAGGGAGCCGGUGUUGUCUAAAGAACAGCCUGCCUUUCAGUACAGCAGCCAUGUGUCUCUACAAGCCCCCAGUGGACACAUGUGGGGGACGUUUCGUAUCGAAAGGACCGACGGAUCCCACUUUGACGUUCGCAUUCCCCCUUUCUCCCUGGAGAGCAACAAAGACGACAAAGCCCCCCCUGCUGGCUACACGUUCUAACUGCGAGUCGUCACCUCCCACCUGUGAGGCCCCGGACACGCCGUCAGUCCUGGUCCUGUCUGGGAUGUUUAGAAUUGUCCUCCCCCGUAACAUCGCCUCAGUCUUCAGCAUAAGACUAACGCAAGUCAGGUUAUGCAAAGGGAAAGUAUUGCAUCUGUGAGAGUGCACCCCACAGCAACAUGUCUCUGAUUAAAUCAUAUAGGAUAGACGAACUGAUGGCUGUCCUGUGCGUCUUCACUCCACGUCGUGCUGUAAGAGACGUGCACGGUCAGGUGGAAGAGCACUGGGAGUUUUGGAAGGGGAGUCAGGUGUUCCCAAGCUGAGCUGGACAUGUUGUGAAUCCAGUAGCUGAAAUAUUGAGCAGGUUGUUUUUGAGUGUUUCCUGCUGAGCUCUGGGUUCAUGAAGAGAGCAACAGCUCCAGCUGAGCUUCACACUAACGCUUCAGUCGUGAAAGUCAAAAAGUAAGCCAUCACUCAAACUACAUGUUACAGUCUCCUCCCUGAUAUCCAUGUUUGAAGUUAUGACAACAGGACGUAUGACUUUGAUCCCGGACCCUGUUUUCCUGUCAUGUUCUUUUUAAUUAUAAUACAACACAGUUUAGUUAUGUCAGACCUCCGUGGGCCACUGAAGAGAAGGAAACAGAUUGAAAUGUGAGCUAGUCGUAGUGCUGACGUUACAGUGUUUUACAACAUUGAUGCACAGUGGAUGGAGUCAGGAGUUUGACACUGAUCAACAGAACAAAAGACUCUUUAAUGUCAAAACUAAAUCACAUCUCUACAAAUUAAUUUCAGCAAAUUUCUAUUCACCUGUGUGUCAUUAAGCAGAUGCACCUUUGGCAGCAGUUUUAGCCUUCUGCCUUCUGUGCGGAGGUGUCUAUCAGCUCUGAACAUCUCAGUAUACAGCAGGGAUACCUAACUUGCUUUGCCUGAGGGCCACUUUGGCAAAAUGACAGGAGCCCAGGGGCCAGUUGCAGCAGCUCUGCGGUGUACUCAGGAGCAUUUCCAGGAUUUGAGGACAUUCAGGGCUCAGCCUGUACGUCUAUCAGGGGUCCAGGGGAUCUUCUCCCGGCACCUUUUUCAAUAAACAAGCUCUAUUCUGUAUCUGGAUGCGUUGAUUGUGAAAUUCAGGGCCAAUACCAAUGUUUAAAAUAACAAUUUGGCCGAUAGCAGAUACUUAUACCAAUGCUUUUUUGUUUUUGUUGUCAUGUAUUUCCCCUUUUUAAGGAAACAAAAAAAACACUUAAUUACAGUCUUCAUUUAAAGCGAUUCAGUCCUUUGACAGAGCACAAAUUCAAUCAAACACAUUCAUGAAACUACCUCUAAAAUGACCUCCUUUCACAUAGCUCAUUUUUUUAAUUAACUGCUUCAGAGGCCUUUUUAGUGUAUAUGAUAUAUGACAAUUCUCUCUCCAAUAUCUAUUUUAUAUUGCUGUGAAAACAUCAACAAAUUUCACCUUCAAACAACUUUAUUUUUUCAAGUUUCUCGACAAAAAUGCAUUACGUUUGAACGCAAACGUUUGAACGCAUCACACUGUAACUCAAUCCAGCCGCUGUUCACAAUCAUUGAUACAACAGGCUGCGUCCUUUCUUCCUGAAGGCGUCUCAGUGACGAUCUCUGUUCUUCCUAAACAUGUUUUCUAUCGUCCCCGGGAUGACAGGAUGCUGUUAGUCUGGAGCCCUGCUUUUUAGUGUGCGCAAAAUCUAUGUGAUGUCAUCUUAUUUGCCCAUAGGUCAAUGGCAUUCAACAAGGUGAAUAUCAGCUGAUAUUUGGCGGCCAUUAAAUCAGUGCAUCCCUAAAUUUGAUGCUUUUUUAUUCACUCUCGCACCUUAUUGACAUCAGAAGAACAAAAAACUGUACCAGUGUGAAUCCAUUUAUUGUCACAGAGAAUUAGAAAAUGGUGGCGGUGCCAGAUUUGGCCCGCAGGCUCUAAGUUGAGUUUUACUUGCAUACAGUCUCAGGUCUCUUGGCACAUGGACAUGCAGUCUUUAAGAGCAUCGUGCCCUCUUGACACUUAAAGCUGCGCCAUAUUCUUUAAAUUCUCGUAUGACUGAUUCGACUGUACUGAGUUACAUUCAGAAUCUCCAAAAUGCUCCUGUUUCCCGAGUGGAAAUUUUUGAUGAACGUGUUACAGAUUUGUGUGAAGAGCUAUUUGCCAAGAAACCAGCCGUGGAAUCCUCCAGAUACAGAUGUGUUAAACCCUAAAAUCACUUGUCUCUUCUCGACUUCACACUGAUCUCUACAGUCAGCUGCCCCACUUAUAUUUAGGUGUGAAUACCUACACCAUCAGUUAUGAAGAGAUGUGGUUCAUCUUUGACAUUAAAGUCCGAUUCUCUUGAUCAGUGCUUCAGAAACUUAAUUCCAUCUCUGUGAUUCGGUGUCGUGAAAGAUCAGACUAAAGACGUCAGUGGGCGGGGUGAAUGCUUUCAUCAGCAGUGAACUGUACGUGUUGACGGCCAAAAAAAGAAUCCCGUCUUAGCUGGGAGGAGGUGAGAGUCAGGUCUUAGUCGUCACACCAUAAAGUAACAGGAGAGAAGUGUGAGAGUGUGUGUGUGUGAUUUCUUCUCUGCUCUCUGUAGAAACCAGAAUGAAGUCUUCAUCCCGUACACACACACGCUGGAUGUCGUUCGUUAAGGCUGACUGUUUGACUCUGUGACGCGAGGCGAGAACUUCUCUCUGUUAAAGUGAGGAAAGAAACUAAAAUCUGUUUUGAUAAGUGAUCUGAAGCAACGAUGAUGGUUGAAAUACUACUGUAAAUAGAGUUGUAAUUAAAGGCAGAACAAAUAAAUAAUACCUUUUGAAAAGUA